AUGGGACCCCCACUGAAAUUAGAAAAGCUUCCUGUUGUGCUCCUGCCAACCACCACCAUCCCUAGCUACUUGCAAACUGUUGUCGGCAGGUAUUCGCCAAUAUCGGAUGAAGUUGAAGAAUUCCGCGGCAUCCCGUACGCUCGCGUGCCGGGAAGAUGGGAACACUCGCACCCCAGAGAACAGUUGCCUCGCGACAUAUUUGACGCUACAGAGAAUGGUCCUCGAUGCCCUGCACCAAGUCCUGGUGAUUCGCGCUCAUUUCAAUCUUUUCUACCGUAUCCCAACGAUCGUGAGGACGAGUUCGAGUGUUUAAACCUUCUUGUCGUGCGACCGAGCCCCCUAGAACUGGCAAAGUACGCAAAGUCAGCCAAGUUGCCUGUGCUUAUCUGGAUCCAUGGGGGUGGCUUCGCAGAUGGUGCAGCUACAAACCCACCGUGGGAUCCUGCCCGGCUUGUGCUUCGUGCUCUCAAGAGAAAGAGUCCCUUCAUCGCCGUGGCUAUCAACUAUCGCCUAAACAUAUUUGGUUUCGGCGCUUCAUCAGAUAUGCUCAUAGGGCAGGACGACCAUGCCGCUAUCAAGGGCGUAAAUUUUGGCCUUCAUGAUCAAAGGCUUGCUCUGAUUUGGGUACAACGUAAUAUCGCCUCCUUUGGUGGUGAUGAAACCAAAGUGACCAUCAUGGGCCAUUCGGCAGGCGGAGUCUCAUGUCACGUACACCUGCUUGAAGCUGAGUUGGGCACAAAGAGGCCGCUUUUCCACAAGGCCGGAUUGCUCUCAGGUGCCUGGGGAGGGCUCGACUUUAGGACCAUGGAAAAAGCCGAUGAAUGGUGGACAGACUUGUGUCGCUUCUGGUCCGUCCAGUGUGAAAGUCCGAUCGAUCGACUGAACAUGCUGAAAAGAAUACCUGUCAAAGAUCUACUACACAGUGUUUCUGAGUUGCAUUGGCGGUUUUUUAUUUUGGUCAUUGAUCAGUUGACCAUUAUACACAGCAACUUGGACUGCGGUGUUUCCUUUCAUUUGGGUCACGACGAACUGAUCACUCAGGCCAAGGCGCCUGACACCCAGAUUCAAGUCAUGUUGGGUGCGACAGCCGAGGAAUUUGAUGGCUUUGUCCGUCUGGCUAACUGGGACUACGCCAAAUUCUGUUCUAUUUUUAUCCCAUCCUAUCCUUCAGAAGCAGCAGCGCAUUCUGUGCUGCAAGCCUACAACAUUCUGCCUACCUCAUCCGAAACCGAGCUCUUUGGCGCAUUUGUUCAAUUCAUCUCUGACGCGACGAUGAUGCAUAGAGUAUAUCGAGCAGGGGAAUUCUUGAAAGCCUAUCGCAAAGAUCAAGCUCUUCUCAGUGGUCGAAAAUCAGAUGGAGAGGGCGUGCAGUACUAUCAUGUCGAAUUCGGUAAUCCCUUUUUGGGCCCAUCGCACGACAUCGCGCACCACGGUGUUGAAUUAAUCUAUGCCUUCGGAAAUUUCCAGCAUGCGCUACAAAAGGCCGACCGGGGAAUCUUGGAUGGCUAUAAUGAACUUCAGCCAGCUGCUGUUCCUGAACACCAACCACUUGCAGAGAUGCAUAAAGUUACAGCCUCUGAAGUUGAAGAGACCGAUCUCUCUCACAUUGAUCUGAGCCGUGCAAUUCAGGACAGAUUUAUCGACUUCAUUGUCGAGGAUAGUUGGCAAACCGCCCGGCGCGCAAACUCUGACAUAAUCACGACAUAUCGUCAUGAUCGCUCGAUCCGUUUGGAAAGCUGGACCGACAGCGAGAAUUGGGCAAGACGAAGGCAGAGGUACGAUGUUCUCGAGCAAGACAUGAACUCUAUGCUGGUUGCUACAAGAAGGCUUGUUGGAAGCGUUUUGACAAUGUCUCUGGAGUGA